CCUAGGUUCACAACAGUAUCAGCCAGAAGGCUAUCAUCAAAGCUGAAAGCGGUACAGCUCACAAGAACAGUGAUAAUAUAACCACGCCAGGCCUUCGCAAUUCUUCGAGAGACAAGCCAUGUUGACAACAGAGUUGUCCGAAGCCGAGAUUUCGGCGCUCCGAGCUAACAAGGACCGUCUUGCAAAGGACCUUCAUCACAGUUGCCAGUGGGGCUAUGGUAUCCGUUGGGGAGAUGGACCGACGGACACAGGAAUGCAGCGUCUGACACUUUCCGAGGAAGACAAAUCCGUGCGAGACUGGUUCAUUAAAACAACUAAAGCGUUGAAGUGCAACAUUACGAUCGAUGAAAUGGGCAACAUCUUCGCCGUACGUCCUGGGCGAAGAAAAGAUGUUCCCCCGACGUUCAUUGGUAGCCAUUUGGAUACGCAACCAACGGGUGGUCGUUACGACGGGAUCCUGGGUGUCCUCUCAGGUAUUGAAACUCUGAAAGUUAUCGAGGAGAUGGGACUGGAGACAGAGGGAGGUAUAGGCGUUGUAAACUGGACGAACGAAGAGGGCGCCCGUUUCCCUAUCAGUAUGAUUUCUUCCGGCGUGUGGGCAGAGUGUAUCCCUCUUGCACGAGCACAUGGUCUCAAAGAAGUACCAACGGUGGCUUCUCUCCCCACUGCAUCUUCGGCCCCAGAGUCAAUGAAGUCGGCACUCGAAAAGAUCGGUUACUUAGGGGACGUCCCCUGCUCUUAUAAAGCAACUCCGAUGGCAGCCCAUUUCGAACUUCAUAUUGAGCAAGGGCCUCAUCUAAUUUCCGAAGGCCAACGCGUUGGUGUUGUCACUGCCGUCCAAGCCUAUCGCUGGUACAGGGUCAAUGUAAUAGGAAGAGACACUCACACAGGUACCACAGCUUUCCAACAUCGGGCAGAUGCUCUAUACGCUUUCGCUCAAAUGAUGGUACGUGCCCGGGAAGUUGCCGCCGCACAUGGCUGCUUGGCCAGCGUUGGCAUCGUCGAGGCGAAGCCUGGCAGUGUCAACACCGUGCCCGGCCUGGUUAGCUUCUCACUCGACAUACGUGGCCCUGAAACCGAAUUAGUCACAACCGUUGAAGAGAAACUAAGGAAGGACUUCGACGCCAUCGCCGCGAAGGAGGGCGAGGGCAUUGGCAAACCCUGUCGGGUUGAAUGGACCGUAGAAUUUGACUCUCCGGCGGUGAAGUUCCACCCCGAUUGUAUCGACUGCGUGCAGCAGUCUGCGGAGGCUGUUGUCGCCGAUGCGCCAGAGCCUAAGACUCUUGUGCGGACGAUUAUGAGCGGUGCAGGACACGAUAGUGUUUUCACGUCCAAGAGAGUUCCCACCAGUAUGGUCUUCGUGCCCUGUAAGGAUGGACUGAGCCAUCAUCCGGAGGAAUUCUGCUCUGCAGACGACUGUGCAACAGGCACAUCAGUCAUCCUGCAAGCAGUGAUCCGGUAUGACCGGAAGAGAUUUUCGUCGUAAAUCUAGCCCUUGCACCUCAAAUGAUUGUGAACGGGUAACCCUUCCAGCAUAUUCUUAAUUUCAUAAAAUCCGUAAGGUAGGACUGCAGGAAGGGGACAAAAGGCUCUGUUGCGUGUAUGCCACGUCAUUACUGUUGAAACAGGAGAGAUUCUACAACGAAAUGAAAUAU